AUGGGACAGGCCUCAACGAAGUCCGGCGUCGUCGUGUGGGGAGCUGCGGAAACCACCGAAUUUCUGUUGAGCGCGGCCGUCGCCUCGUCGCCGGCGGCGUCCGCGACGCCUGCUGUUUCUUCGGCGCCCGCUUCGUCUUCGCUCGCCGCGGCCUCGUCCCCGCCCUCUGCUUCCUCCGCGCCGCGGUCGAAGCAUGCGGCGAGUCUGUCGGGCGGGCCGCCUCCCGGCGCCUCUCUCUCGCGGGGGGCGGCGCUGGGCGCCACGGCGGUAGCGAGCGCCUCGUUCGUGUCCGCGCCCUCUCUCGGCGUGUUUUCGGAGACUACACAUGCAGCGGCGGCCUCGCCACGCAUCAUUGACUCCUUGAAAGGCGUCAACAGCUCGAGUGUUUCCGUCGGCGGGCUGCACAUGGCCGUUGUGAGCCAGAGCGGCGAGCUCUACAUGUGGGGUCGCAACGCCCAGGGCCAGCUCGGCGCGGGAGACAGAAAGGACGCACUCGCGCCUCGCCUCGUCCGCGCGCUGCAAGGCAAAAUCGUCAAAGUGGUCGCGUGCGCACAGGAGCACACGCUCUGCUGCCUCGACGACGGCAGCGCGUACGCCUGGGGCUGUGCGCUGAACGGGCGCCUCGGGCUCCAUGGCCUGUCGAUUCCGUCUUCGGCAGGCCUGAGUGUCUCCUCGCCCUCGCCAGGCGGCGGCGCGCGGACUGAGCCGCUUGCCUCCUCGUGCGUCGUCUGCACGCCGCGCAUCCUCGAGACUCUCUGCGGCUACUUCAUCUCAGACGUGGCCUGCGGAACCUAUCACUCGGCGUUCCUUGCACUGCAGCAGCACAAGACACUCCUCUUCACAUGCGGCCUGGGGCUUAACGGGCGGCUCGGCCACGGCGACGAAGAAGACCGCCAUCUGCCGACGCCCGUCCCCGCGCUCGAGAAUCUGAACGUCACUGCCAUUGCGUGCGGAGCCCACCACACAGCUUGCGUCACGUCGGGCGGAGUCCUCUACACAUGGGGCGGAGCUGCCUUCGGCAAGCUCGGUCUGGGCGCAAUUCGCGGCUCGCAGCUGCUUCCCAAGCACGUGGGCGGGCCUCUGAGGAGAAAGACUGCCGUCGCAGUGGCGCUAGGCGCGCAGCACAGCGCAUGCAUCACGGCGGACGGCGAGCUCUUCACCUGGGGUCAGGGCAGGCGCCUCGGGCACGAAGACCAAGGCGAAUCCGACGAAUGCGUGCCCCGCCGCGUCGAGGCACUGGCUGGGCUCUUUGUCGUUCAAGUCGUCUGCGGCGACGCGCAUACAGCGUGCAUCGUUGAGAAUGGAAACGUUUGGGCCUGGGGGACAAGCCGCGUCCUCGGGCACGGCGACCCCGACGCAGCCCCCAAUCGGCCCGCGUGUCUCCGCGCCUUAACCGGGAAAGGCGUUAUUCAGCUCUCCUGCGCGCCGACGUUCACUGCUGCUUUUUGCGACCCCCGUCGCGUCUCCAAGAAGGCUGCUGCGACAGCGGACGUCGCGGCGGCUGCCACGGCCGAGCCCGUCGCCGAGGGCGCGACCCGCGCGGGCUUCGCCGGUGUCUCCACCGCGUCGACCGCGUCGGGCUCCACCGCCUCGUUGGUCGGGGGCGAGGGGCCAUCUGCGCCGGCCUACGCGGGGACGGGAUUGCCUGCAGGCGACAAAAGAAAUGCGGCUGCAGGAGGAGACGACGCUGCGGGCUUCGAGUCUGCGGCAGGCCACGCUGGCGACGGCCAGGGGGGCAGGGCAGGGCCUUCGGCGCGAAAAACGGGCGCGGGGGCCCUUCGGCGGACGGCGGACGACGCCGGCGCGGUCACUGCAGCGACCGCAGCUCGAGGCGAGCAGCCGGAGACGGGCUCCACGACUGCGGUCGGCGGGGCCUCGGCGGCGAGUACGGGACUGUCUCCUUCCGCCCCCAGCGAAGAACGCGACCAGUUUCUCUACGAGCUAGGAACCAUGAGCGCCGCGCUUCAAACCUCUCAGCAGGAGAAUCUUCUCCUCGCCGCGGUGCUGAGUGGAACGGCACAGCAGCUUAGAGAAGCCCUCAAGCGCAACUAUCUCCUCGAGCGGGAGCUCGACGCCAUGAGAAAAAGUUCCUCCGACGCGGGUGACCGUCUGGCGACUCUGCGAGAGCAUUAUAUGCAGCAGAUCCACCAACUGCAGGAGCAGCUUGCGCAGCAGGACAUUCGUCUUCACGCGAUUCUGGCGUCUAGGUCUUCGGCCUCAAGCGGCACGCUCUACUCGCCCUCGUCACGCGGGCUCCCUUCUCGCGGCCUGCCCUCCUACGCCGCCUCCGGGUCAUAUGAGGCAGCCUUCCGCACGAACUUGCCUACGAAUGGAGUCCCCCACGCCAAAUUCUCUUCCCUUUCAGCGCCCACGCCCCCCGCCUGCACUUUCGGCUUCGGGUUCCAAGGUCUCUCAACAGGCGCCGCGGGCGCAGAUGUGUCGCCCGCGGUGGACGUCCUGGCGACUUUCCCCGAAGUGACCCUUGAAGAGGCCCUCUUGGAUCCCCUCGGUCAGCAGCAGCCUCCGUCGCGUUUCCUCGCUGCGUCCUUUCCUUCGUCUCCCUCUCUUCUGCCGCCCGGCGCACUCUCAAAGUCGGCCUCUUCGGCGGGCGACAGUUCGGCGUCGGACGCGUCGGGGCAGGCGGAGCCUUCGGGCGCGUUGGGCUCCAUGUGUCCGUCCUCUGGGGCGGCCGCCCCCUUGGAGGCCGCCGCGGCCCCGCCUCGCCAACAAGCCCCGGCGGCGGGGAGUCAGAAGCCGCUCCGCGCGUCUGCGAAUCUCUCGUUUCCGCGGGAGACUCCCGAGGCUGCAGCUUCUAAGCAGGGCGCGGGCCUGGGCGCCGGCCGCGAGGAUUCGGCUCCGAAAAGAGACAGCGGCUUGGCGUUCUUCCGGGGUCGCGGGAGGGACUUUCUCUCUCACGGCCUCUUCGCUUCUGAGGAGGCCGCCGCGUCGCCCGCGAGCAAGGCGCUGGGCUAUGAGGCAGUCCUCGAGAAGAAAGGCCUCGCACUGGUGCCGUCCGCGGGCGACAGCGCCUCCGCCUCGCUUAGCCUCGCCGGCGCGUUGGACCCGAGCGGGGCCUCCAACGCGACCGGCAGGCAGCGGUCUCUGGAGGCCUUUCCGCUGGCGCUUUCCGGCGCGGGGGGCGUGGCAGGCCCGCCGAGAGACGGCGGCAGUGCGGGCGACAAAAACGGGCCUCUGGCGGGGAAAGGCAAGCGAGGCUCGGGGCUCGGAGGCCGCGACGAAGGAGCCAUUCCGGUCUUCUUUCUCGAAGAAGAUGCCAGCCCAUAA